UAAUGGGCUAAGUACUAGCAUCAGAUUAUGUUGAAUUGUAUGCUAUUCAAGAGAAUCCAAACAAUCAAUCUAUUCAUUCUGUGCAUAAACCUAAUGAUAAGUCUAAAUUAGAUCAUUCCUAAAUAGUACCAUCAAUAUUCAUAUAAAGUCUAAUAUAGCACCUCCUAUAUAGCCUAAACCAAAACCGAAUUAAACGAAGAGUGCUAAUAUUGAUCAGAUAAAAGGAUUAAGAAUCUUUUUAUCUUAAGAAAUGUCUUUAUGUUAUUAAUAAUUUCUAGUACCAACGAAUUCCCUGAUUUAGAUCCUGUUGCAUAUUAAAGACAUGAAAUAGCCGAUGGAGAAUAUUAUGGAAGAUGUUAAGGUUCUAUUAGAGAGGGAGAUGGUGUUUUAUCUCUUAAAAAGAAGUAAUUGUAAAAAGGUAAAUAUAUAUUGAAUGAAUUUACAGGAUAGAAUGAUUAAGAACAACUCUAUAAAUUCUUUGGAACAUAUCGAAAUGGAUAAGCUGCUGGUAAUGGAUAUGCAUUUUUUCAUUAUGAUUAUUCUUUUUGGGGAGAAGUUUAAAAAAAUGAAUUUAAAGGAAAGGGAAUUCUUAAAACCAAAGACAAUUAAACAUAUUAAGGUAUUUGGGAUGAGAGAAAAUUAAAAUAUGGCAUAAUAUAAACGUUAUUAUUAAUUAUUAUGUAUUAGAUAACUUUAUAAAUAUGUGGGAUAAUUUAAGGAUGGAUUAAGAGAUGGAUUAGGAGAAUGUCAUUAUUCUGAUGGAACUAUUAUUAAAGGAAAUUGGAAAUAAGAUAAUUUAGAUCAUCUAUGUCAAAUUUAAUUCCCUGAUAAUACUGUUUUUAGUGGCUAUUUUUUUGAAGGAAUGAAACAUGGUUUUGGACAUUUGAAAUAAUAACAUUAGGAUUAUUAUGGGGAAUUUGAUUGUAAUGUUAAACAUGGUCUUGGAUUAUUGAUUUAACCAGAAGACAAUUAAAUGAAUUAAUCUUAGCAUCAUAAAAAACAUAGUAUUUUUUAAUUUAAUAAACAAAUAGCUGAAUCAUUAUAUGUUUAAGGUGUUUAAAAAGGAAUAUUUUGUGUUUACACAGACAAUUAAAAUAAAUAAUGGUUUUUAAUUAAUGAUAAUAAUGAUAUUGAAAAAUUAGAAUUAAUUACGGAGAAAAGAGGUUUAGCUGAACUUUUAGGUUAAGAUAAGAGUUUAGAAGUUUAAAAAGUAUAAUUCUUUAUAUUUUAGGUUGAAUUAGAAAAGAAUAUUUAAGAUAUGAUUAUUAAAGUAAAUGAAAUUUAAAAUAAUUCCAAUCAAUUCAUGGCAUUAGAAAAAUAAAUGGAUUCUUAAACUAUUAAAUUAGGCCAACUUGCUACAUAUUAAGAUUGGAUUGACUAAAAUAAAUAAUGA